AUGGAAGAGCAUCUCAACACGUUCGUGGCCGCAAACUCUAAAGAAAAAGGGAAGCAGCCGCUUAGCAUACGGUUCCUUAACCUGACAAACCCGAAUGAUGCUACCAAAUCAGACGCACUCACAGCUAUCCGCUCUCAUGUGGCGAGAAACACCCAUGGCCGCAAGCAAGAGAGUCGCCGGACGCACCUAGAGAUUCGCCAGUACCGUCCCGCUACUCGGGGAAACAAGACGAAUAAUGUCUGGUCACCAGGCAAGACGGGCACACAGCUGAGUCGAAAAACUUCAGAAGUCAACUUACCAGUAGUACCCAACCCACAAACCUUUGUGACAUCUCAUAGAAGGAACCCCUUCCAGACCACUUUUAGGAAUGUUACAGAUUCCGAAGAUUCUUUGAUCGAUCACUAUAUCACCUAUGUCAUAGAUCACGGUUAUACAGAUUGUAUCCAUAAUGAGACCGAGCAAUUACUUCUUCAAAACGUUCGAUCGCGCUUUGUACCAUGGUCGCUCACGGAACGGGGCCUACAAGCCGGUCUAUUAAUGGCAGCCUGUCGAAGUCUACUGACUUUACAUCCCGAGAAUGAAACAUACAAAGUUUCAUUACUCAAAUAUAAGAGCGAAUGUAUCGAGAUACUUCGCGCUGCACUUUCGAAUCCAGACCACUGUAUUAGUGAUCAUACAAUUGCCCUAGCUUUAGUAUUAUCCACCGAAGAAAAAAACGGAGUCGCGGAUCGAUCUCACCUGUGGAUGGUUUUCUUACGCAACGCAACCUCAGCGCAUCAGCUCAGCGGCGGUUCCACUGACCAUCGCUCUCUAAAUACCGCAAUCAACACUUUUGUUCAAAUCCGAAGCCAUGUCAAGCAAUAUCAAUGCGAUGAUUACGAGAUUGUGCGUAAGAUUGGCACUGGAAAACACGCGGAUCUAUUUGAAGGGGUCCGUGUAACAGACUAUACAAGAUGUAUCCUCAAACCUGCCAAGCAAGUGGGGAGGGACAGGAUAGAGCGAGAAGUCAAUAUCCUUCGUUCCCUUAGAGGGGGUGUUAAUAUCCCUUUGCUAUAUGAUGUUAUUCGGUACAGUCCGCUGGAACUACCGUCAUUGGCCCUCGAAUACGUGGAGAACAUCGACUUCCGGAGUUUGUAUCCUAAACUCAGCAGUGAUGAUGUUCGAUAUUACAUCAAAGAACUGCUGAAAGCUCUUCAAUUUUCUCAUAGCAAAAGUAUAAUGCAUAGAAACAUUCGACCUCACAUCAUCAGGAUUGAUCCGACUCAGCGAAAGUUAUGUCUAUUCGGCUGGGACUAUGCAGAGGUUUAUGAGCCCAACUCGCUAUAUAGCGCCCGCGUCGGCGCAGUGUUUCACAGAGCCCCCGAGUUGGUGCUAUACCACGAACGGUAUGACUUGAGCGUAGACAUGUGGAGCGUAGGGGUCAUGCUUGCUUCUAUGACCUUUCGAAAAGAGCCAUUCUUUCAUGGAGCAGGUAUUUCUCUUCAACUUGAGAGAAUGGCCAGGGUGUUGGGUACCAAUGGUCUACUUAACCUUGUGGAAAAAUAUGACAUAGAAAUGCCUCCAGUUGGCCUUGAAGAUAUCCCAUACUUUGAAAAGGCACCCUGGCAGAAUCUGUUCAACGAAGAUAAUGAGAGAUACGCAAGCGCUGAGGUGGUAGAUCUGCUAGAUAAAUUGCUUCGUUGGGAUCCUGAGGAAAGGAUAACUGCUGAUAAUGCAUUGAGACACGCAUAUUUUGGCUAA